UAUAUUAUCCACCCUCUUAUCUCCUUCUCUCUUAUUUCUUGCUUUCUAAAGAUAUAAAUAUCUGGAUUGUAUAUACGAAGCCAGGCUUAUAAUUUCAAUUACAGGCAUUAUUAUGUUGAAAUUAUUUCAUCCUCUAAAGCAGCUUCAUUUAAAAAUGCCUCCCCCUAUACACAAUCAAAGACAACGACGAAACGCAAUUUCCGGUAAUGAUGAACUAGUAAGACUUCGUGAAGAGAUGUUUCGUUUAGAUGCGCCUCACGGGGAAGAUGCUCGUGAUCCUCGACACGAAUACGGAGAAACCAGUUAUAUCAAUAUGCUGCUUCAACUUGAUAAUAUACCUCAGAUUUACAGCAUCUUAGCCAGUUUCUUUACGUGGAUUCUACUCGCUGGAUAUAUAGUAUUACCAGCUACGUUUACGUCACUACAGAGUUCUCGCAUUCCAACAUCGGAGAUAAGUAAAGCUGGAAAGUUGAUUUUAAAGACAUAUCAAAAUCUUCCACUGUUGUGGAUAGCGGCUAUUCUCUGUGCUAUUGGGGCAUCUGGUAUGGGGUGGUUAUGGUGGAUGUGGAAAAUGAAUUAUAUAUGGAUUUUGAAUCGAAUUAUUUUACCAGGCUUCCUUCAUUCUAUCACAGGACUUCUCACUACAAUAAUAAACAUCUAUACCGCUCGAAGUGGAGAUUGGUCUGUAACUGCUAUCAUUACUGCUAGUGUAACAGGCUUUUGCACAGUAUUCUUAUUGGUACAAUUAUUAUUCUACAACUUCUGGUUACUUCAAAAGAUUAAGAAAGAGCAUAAAAGGCAGAUUAGUCAGAUUGAACUAAAUAGGCAUCAUAAUAUUGGGAGUGCUCUAUGA